AAACUUCCCUCCCAUCAGCAUCCGCAGCGCGAGUUCAUGUGAGCGUCUGUGUGUGUGUGUGUGCAGUCAGGUUAUUGUGCAAAUGCGCAGUGGUGCACAUUGGUUCAGUGUUUCGCAGCCCAACCUGUGGGUCGGUGCACCGCGGUGAAAAGCAUGCAAACUGGGGUCCAGCAGCUCUCAGGACGAGUGAGAGGAAGGUGCGCAGCGACCAGCUGAACCCGCAGGGCGAGCACAGGCCGUCAAAAGGGAACCAUGUGCAGCUUCCUGAGCCCCAAACAGCCCAGUGGCCCCGGCCUCACAGACAUGCAACAGUAUCAGCAGUGGCUGGCCAGUCGACAUGAAGCCAGCCUGCUGCCCAUGAAGGAGGACCUGGCCCUGUGGCUAACUAAUAUUCUCGGUCUGGAAAUCACCGCCGAGAGUUUCAUGGAUUGCUUAGACAAUGGCUUCCUGUUGUGCCAGCUGGCUGAGACACUACAGAAGAAGUUCAGGCAAAACGAUGGAGAGCUGCCUGCCUGUGGAAAUAGCAAGAGUAUUCCCUGCCGGAGGAUACCGUGUCGGCAGAGCGCUCCCUCCGGUUCCUUUUUCGCACGAGACAACACGGCUAACUUCCUGACCUGGUGUCGUAUGGUUGGAGUUGGAGAAACAUGUCUGUUUGAGUCAGAGGAUUUAGUUCUUCACAAGCAGCCACGAGAAGUGUGCCUCUGUCUUUUAGAGUUGGGACGGAUAGCUUCACGUUACAACGUGGAGCCUCCUGCCCUUAUUCAACUGGAGAAAGAGAUUGAACAGGAAGAAAAAUCACCUCCACCACCUCCAUCACCUGUAUCUCCAGCUCAGCCCCCGCCUCCGUCACCCCCCACAUCUCCCUCCCCUUCUCCGACUCCUCCCAAAGUCAGUUCCUGUAAAAAAAGUACAGGGAAGCUGUUGGACGAGGCUGUCAGACAUAUCGCUGAUGAUCCUCCCUGUAGAUGUCUGAACAAAUUCUGCGUAGAGCGACAGUCACAGGGUCGAUACCGCGUCGGGGAGAAGAUGCUUUUCAUCAGGAUGCUGCACAACAGGCACGUGAUGGUGCGCGUCGGUGGAGGCUGGGAGACGUUUGAGAGCUACCUGCUGAAACACGACCCGUGUCGUAUGCUGCAAGUGUCCCGGGUGGAGGGCAAGCCGUCCCCCAUCAGCAGCAAGUCCCCCAACAUCAAGGACCUGAGCCCCGACAGCUACCUGGUGGUGGCAGCCCACUACCGCAGCAAAAAGUGAAGACUUGAGACGGAAACGGGCCGCGUGUAACGGAGCGGCUUGAAAAAAAUGGCAGUCAUUACAAUAUAAUCAAAAUGAAGUUAAUAUGGCCCAUAGUACCCAGCGGUGUGUGUGUUAAACAUUUUAUUCUGAAUGAGAUCAAGGAAGAUGUGGAGGUUUUGUGACCCUUUAGAAGCUUGUCACGCCAAUUUUCAAAAUUGAACUAUAUAUAUAUAUAUAUAUAUAUGACAUAAAAAGCAGAAACUUUGUUGUCCAGACAAAUGUACUUAACCAAAUAUCUACAUGGUACUAUGUGUAAUUUGCUAGCAAAAAUGGCCAAAUGUGCCCAAGAAACCAAAUUUGUCCAUAAAAUCUUUUUAAAGUUUUUUUUAAGUUUUUUUUCUGUGUAUCUUUCUUUAUUAGACUAAGAAAUUAAAGCAAUGCUUAGACUGUCAUGUUUAAUACUUUUUCUCUGAAAUGCAUUUUAUACUAUAAUCAUCAAUUUUUCGUUAUUAGGAUAGCUGCUGUGUUAUAUAAUGUUAGAACAUGGACAAUCACCUGUAAAAGAUGCAGUCAAACAGGACCUGAUUCAUUUAGAAUUAAUAAUAGAUUCAAUUGAGAUUUGAGAUUCUGCAGUUAUUCCAUGUGUUGCAUGUUAUUGAUUUCUAGAGUAGUGCAACAAUUAGAACUUGAUAAUGUCCAUUUCUUUUUUUUUACAAUUAUUUCCUACAUGAUUGUUCAAUAUAUUCAUAUUAUAUCUUUAAACAUUUCGACCAAAGAAAUUCUCAUGAAUUCCACACAAGUAGCAGAAAUGUAAUUUUUAUUGUAGCAAAAACAGUGGGUUAGAUUUCCUGUUCUACAAAAUGGCAAAAGCACCGGAACUCCUUUUAGGAUCAAGGCUGUAAGAAAUGCAGUAAAUACUUCACUACGUAGUGUACACACUUCAUUUGUUAUUUUCCUUCAGUUGCUUUCGCUCUCCGUUUUGGUGAAAAAAAUCUCUCCAAACGUUUGAGCGAUCAUGUUUGCUGCUCACCCAAUGCAGGCAAACCAUGUGCAAAUAGAUGAAUAAAAGCUUAUGUUUGUAAUU